UUUUAAAACGAUUAAAUGGUAACAGCCUCCUGUGUUUUUGAUGGUCGCCAUCUUCGGCACCAUUAUAGUAAAAGUUUGGAUUUAACAGAGAAAUGACUGUGGAACAGUCCCCUUUGCCAGUCAGACCGGCUCAGAGGACACGAGAGGAUUCACUGACUCUUGCAAAAAUUAAGGAAGUAACUGGUGCACCUGACGAUGUGAUUGAAGAAGCUAUUCGAGCAUGCUUGAGGACUGACGGAACUUUGAAGAUAGAGGAUGUAGUCACCACGAUCAUUGGAGAUGACAUAGCUCAUGGAGCUACUAAAUCAAAGACACAUGUUCGACAGACUAAUACUAAACCACAAGAUCAUGUUGAUGCCAUGUCUUCAACUUCAACAGAGGGACAAAAGAAACAACCAGCGCCUGGAAAACUAACUUCAGCCCCUGAUGAGUACAUAGAUCUGACAAGAGAUGCUCAGGGGAUUCUGGGAGGUCAAAUUAGUCGUGAAGAGCAGGAUAUUAGCAGGGUUUUGGAGGCCAGCCUUGCAGAGAGCAAAGGAACCACAAAGAGGAAACGAGGAGAGCUCUGGUUCAUUGAUCCACUCAAUCCAUACGAAAGAAAGCGACAAGAUGGUUGGCCAGUGGGUCUGAAAAACGUUGGAAACACGUGCUGGUUCAGCGCAGUCAUUCAGUCACUUUUUCACAUCCGAAAGUUCAGAGACAUAGUGCUUCACUAUAAACACAGGUCCACAACAGACAAUGAGCUUGCUCGAAAUCUGAGAUUCGUUAUGGAGCUGCAACAGCUGUUUGCCCUGAUGGUGGGGUCCCACAGGAAGUAUGUUGACCCCAGCAAGUCUGUUGACAUACUUAAAGAAGCGUCUGCAAGUACAGUCCUGGAUGGCCAGCAAGAUGUGAGUGAAUUCCAACAUAAAUUGCUUGACUGGUUGGAGGAUGCCUUUAGAGAUCCAACAUCACCUAGUUCUGAGAAUCCAGUUCAUAAGUUGUUCCAAGGAAAGUACCUAGCAGAGGGAAUACAUGAAGGCAAAGUUUUUUCCCAGGAAGUAACGUUUGGGCAGUAUCCUCUGAAUGUUGUUGGCUUUCGAGACAUCCAUGAAAGUCUUGAGGCCACCACAGCGCAGGGUGAGAUUGAGACAAUCAAUGGUGACUCCAGCCAGAAGUCUGGACAAGAGAUUUGGUUUAAAGACUUGCCACUUGUUCUCACUUUUGAGCUGUCCAGAUUUGGUUUCAAUCAGCAGUUGAACAGAGCUGAGAAAAUUCACCAAGAACUCACAUUUCCUCCUGUAAUAUAUGUAGAUAGGUAUUUAGAGUGUAACAAAGUUUUAACCAAACAGAAGAGAGAAGAAGCCAGAAAAUUAAAAGAUGAACUGACCAGCCUGCAGGCUAGGCUGGACAAGUUCAUGAACUACGGGUCAAGUAACAAAAGGUACCCUCUACCAGAUGUGUUGCAGUAUGCACUAGAGUUUGCUGAAAGCUCACCAGUUACACCUCAGCAAACAGCAGAUGUUGAGAUGGAAUCUCCUCUACCCUUCCCCAGAACAUCACAGGAUGUACAGAUGACUCCAGUCUCUCAUUAUGCCAGUACCUCUGAGAUAGACCAGUCAACACCAAGCACCCCUGAACACAAUCCUUCUUGUCACAUGACCUCCUAUUGCAAUCUGUCACAGAAAGACCGUGGGAUACAAACCAAAACAACUUCAUCUUCUCUGUCCUCCUCCCCUGUCCCUGAAGCCAAAAAGUUCAAAGACUCGUCUGUGCAGGUGGAGUUUGACGCUACUUUGAUGCCGUCCUCUGUGGUGCUCACCCAAUCUUGUCCCUCGCAGUCCGCGUUUUUGCCCAUGGGACAGACCUUCGUCCACACUCCUGUGGCAGGUUGUUCCGGAGAUUUCCAUCCAUCAUGUUCUCAGACAGAUCCUCACCCUCGUACUGUCAGUACGGAUGAGCUUCGGGUGCUGCAUAACUGUUUGAAAAGAUGGAGAGAAGAGGUGGAGACUGAUGUUCGAGAACUACAGAAGAACAUCAAUGUGCUGGAAAAGAAGCUAGACAAAAUGUACUCGGCAGACAGCAUGAAAAAAUUUCCAUACCAUCUUCAUGCUGUGUUAGUCCAUGAGGGCCAGGCAGUCUCUGGGCACUAUUGGUCUUUCAUAUUUGAUGAGCGCAGAGACAAGUGGCUGAAGUUCAAUGACAUCACCGUCUCUGAGUCGUCUUUUGAGGAGAUGAGGAAAGAGAGUGUGGGGGGCUUCCAUAAUGCCAGUGCUUACUGCCUGAUGUAUAUAGACAAGGCGAGGCUGGAGGAAGGUCAAGAAGAGUUAAGCCCCACAGCAGUAAGUCAGCAUGACCUUCUAGCCUCGCUUCCUGCAGACCUCCGCGGUAUUGUUGAGGAAGACAAUGCAGCCUUUCAGCAAGAACUUCACGCAUGGGAUGAGGAGCAGCGAAGGAAAACUUUGGCUGCCACUUCAUCUACCGUAUCAUCUUCUGUGACCACUGUCACGGCGUCAACCAUGACACCCGCCUCCUCUUCUUCCGUUGUUUCUCCCUCCCAGUGGAGGAACACUGAAGGUCCUAGCCGGCCACGAUCAGGGUCAGAUGAUCAGGAUGUUGUGGUGACAGGUGAACAGAGGCCAGGAGAAGCUGUUAUCAUCAAGCCAAUGAAUUCAGCCUUUGCCAGAUUGGCUGACCAACAUGCACAGUUGUCUGUACCACAAACGUUGGAAGCAACCAGCAAUAUGGCAAAUUCUAUUACCAACACACAAGAAGUCAUUAAAAAGGCCAUGGAAAAAGAGCUAGUGCGAUUGAAAGGCUUAUCGACAACUCUUUUAAAACAGUUGCCCUCGGAAGAUCCCCGGCUUGGCCACAUUGUCUUGUACCUGCUUUGCAGCCAUGCUGACGAGCUGUCUGUGCAGAUAAUCUUGAGUGAGCAGUUUGCUCUGUGUGCCUUGAUGGACACUCUAAGAAUCAAAGGGCUGAGACAGCAUGCUCAUGAGAUGUACAAAGCCUUGUAUAAUUCCGCAGGUAAAGAGGGCAUCAAGUUCUAUGAGUUCUGGCAUAAGAGGUAUCAUCACUUUAGGCAAUCCAUUUUCAUGUUUUCUGAAGCUGUGGAUGCUUACUGCUCUCACAGAUACCAGGAAGCACUGCCCUAUUUCUGUCAAGCCUGGUUACACAAUGCAGAGCCCAACAUUGCCAGUGGCAUGCUGUAUGAGGAGGCCAAAAUUAAUUCUAAAAUGUUGUCAUACUUUCGAAGGAAGAGCUUACAGAAACUGAAUCAUAUGACUUUGAAGAGUUUUGAGUGUGAGGAAGACAUGACAGAUGCCCUGACUAUCAUGAUGCAGCAAAUCCUCCCUGCUCUCUCUCACAUCUCACAGUCGGAGCUGAAGGAGGACAUGGCAGCCGUGGAGGAGGUUAGAGAGAAAUGGUGCCAGUUUCUAGAGAAAGAUUUGAGUGCCGAAAAAAUUGAAAGACUGCAAGACUUUCUCUCUAAAAUGUUUGACGGCAAUGGCACAACUGUACACUUCACACUCUCCUCGGUUAGAGAAAAUAAUCUGGGCCAGAUGCUGUCUGAAAAGUAUGUUGAGGUCUUGAGAAAGCUGAAAGUGGCAGGGGAACUCAACAGCUGGCUGGAAGCAAGCUAGCACCUUGGUCCAGAUGUCUAAGGGAUGGCUGUGUCUGUGCAUGCUUCACUUUUUCUUGUUUUAGAUAUUAAACUAAUAGUCACAUUGCAUUUUUAUUUUUGUUCUCUUGUGGAAAUCUUUCCACAAGUCAGAUGAUGUCUUUGAAAUUAUCUAGUGAACUUACUAAAGGCCAUAUACAUUGUAAUGUUAUCGGUUGAGCAUUGUUUGUAUUCUGUUGAGAAUGGCUUUGAAACAAAUUUAUUGAUUCAAAAAUAAAACAUUUCUUUACAAUUCUUGUUUUAAAAAGUACAGGAGGAAUUUGGGUCAGUGAAUCAGGUUUAAGAUGUAGACAAGACCCAAUUGAAAACUUCAAAAAAUGCUCCUUUGCUUAUAAAAACAAAUAUUUUCUCUUUGUUGACAUUAUUGGAUAUCUCAUCGUGAAUCUGAUUUACUAAGAGAACUACAAAUCAGUUUUAUUUAUGCAGUUGUAAAUUUGUGUAAUAUAGAGUUUGGGUUUAUGAACAGUGUCGUGAGGGGUGGCUGGGAUAAGGUGAGUGCGAGUGUUAAUAUAAAUAUAUAUAUAUAUCUAUAAAUUGUUAUGCAUUCUUUCAAUGAAAAUGUGAUAUUAAUAUGAAGCGUUGUGUUUCUCACUCAAUUUCCUAUUCAUAAGCCCAUAGUUUUUAAAUGACACGAACCUAUUUAGUAGUAGUAAAACAAAAUUCUACUGUAAAUAGUUAUUGUGUUUUUUUU